AGUGCAAAAGCCCUCUUUUUGUCAUUUACUUAUCCAAAGCAAAAAACUUUCCCGCCAUUUCUCGCAUCAGCAAAAACGAAACCCUAGAUUAGAUUGACAGAAAUCGACCGAGAGUUAGAGAGAGACUGAGGCAGCCAUGGAAGAGGAGAUCAAAGCAGAGUUCUUGAAGAGCGGGUUCACUCUUGAUGAAGAAGAAGAGAUACUCAAGAAAUGCCACACGUUCUGUGUAAAUUACUGUCUCCAUCCUUCCGAUAUCGUUUCAAGCUGGGAGGUUUAUUAUCUCAAUCGACAACUUGAUGAACCUGUUGUAAGGGAUGCAGAAAUGGAUGGGUUUUUAGGACACCUACAGAACGAACAAGUAGGGGAAGGUGUUAAAAAGGAUGCUGGCUUGCAUUUGUACUCUUUCAAAGAUGUCGACAUGGUUUUAGAUGCCGAAGUUGAAGAUACAAACAAUGUUAUUCUUGGAACCCCAACAGGGAAAUCCGAGAAACAUCAUUUGGACAUAUAUGACUCAUCACACAAAAUGAAGGGGAACAUUUAUUCUUCUGAGAGGAAAUCAAAACUAGUGACACCAUUUGGGACACGAAGUAACAAAUUUGUGGUCAAAUUCAACAUUGAUAAUCUUCCUACUACUGAGACUGCAAUUGAAGAUCAUGAGAAUCCUGAGGAUGGCAUUAUUAAAAGGAUUCAACCUCAGAAAAGCUGUUCAUUGGUGGUCCACAGAUCAGGGCCAGAACCAGGUUGCAGGUUCUUGUAUGACAGGAUUGAAGACAGGUUCAAUGUACUUGAAAACCGCAUAAAGAAGCAUGCAACUGCACUUGUUGCAUCUAGUCUCUAUGAAGAACCAAUGGAUCCAUCAAUUGCUUCACAGAGGAGCAUAUUUGCCGUCGGGAUGAUCUGCUGUGAUGGUGAGGGUCAUCUAAAUGAUAAAUCCAUCUUAUUGCAAAGCAGUGUUGAGCAUUCUGGAGGGCAACGUGUUCGACUAGAGUUAAAUAAACUGAGCCUCUUUUCCUUUUUUCCGGGCCAGGUUGUAGGUAUCAAGGGUAACAACCCUAGUGGCCAUUGUUUGAUUGCAUCAGAGCUAGUAGAUUAUAUUCCUUUAUCCAUUGCUGCUGAUAUGGAUCUGCCUCCUGCAAAGAAGCAAGCUUUAGAUGAUGAGAUUCAGGCAACACAUCUUUCCUCUGCGUCAACAGAGAUAACAAUGAUUAUUGCUGCUGGUCCAUUCACUACUACAGACAACUUAUUAUUUGAGCCUCUUUCAGAACUGCUCGCCUAUGCAACCAGAAAGUCUCCACAGUUGCUUAUACUGUUAGGGCCUUUUAUCGAUUCUGAACAUCCACAGAUCAAGAAAGGAACUGUUGACUUGAGUUUUGAUGAUAUAUUCCAAUCAGAGGUUCUUAGAAUGGUUCAAGAUUAUUUGGAAUAUAUGGGUCCCAGUGCUCAGUUGGUUAUGAUUCCAUCUGUACGAGAUGCUCAUCACGAUUUUGUUUUCCCUCAGCCUGCUUUCGAUCUUGAUUCUCUCGAUGUUAAACAUCAGAUAACCAAUCUUAAUAAUCCAGGGAUUUUUGAGGCAGAUCAGGUCAAGAUAGGUUGCUGCACAGUAGAUAUUCUCAAACAUCUUAGUGGGGAGGAGAUGUCAAGACAUUCAGUGGAGGGAAAACCUAAUGAUCGCUUGAGUAGACUUGCCACCCAUAUUCUUAGCCAACAGAGCUUUUAUCCGCUCUAUCCACCAGCUGAAGGUGUCCCAAUGGAUUUUUCCCUUGCUCCUGAAGCUCUUCAAAUUUCUUCAGUUCCGGAGCUUCUUAUCUUACCUUCAGAUAUCAAGUAUUUUGUCAAGGUGUUAUCUGUAGGGGGAACAAGCAAAGGGGAAGAACAAAUGAAAAGAUGUGUUUGUAUUAACCCAGGAAGACUGGCCAAGGGAGAAGGCGGAGGCACGUUUGUAGAGCUCAAAUAUCAAGGGAGUCCUGAUAAGAUGAAUGCUUCAGUUAUUAGCAUAUGAGCCUCUUGAACUGUCUAAAAAAAUGCAGAAGGCGUUCCUCAGAAAAUGAUUCGAGAAAUGGGGGAACCAAAUGCUAGAGAGAAGAUGCAAAGAAGUUGGAUUUUAAUGC